AAUGUCUGGAAAGCCUAAUGAAUGCUUGCAAGCGUUUUGCCGCGCGUAAACUCACGAAAGAGCAAAUCAAACAAGCACCUCCUGGGUUCCAGACCGAUCAGCUGUUCAGACAGAGCAGCAAUUUUGAUCCCUAUGCAACACAGAGAAAUGAUCUCCUUUUGAGCAAUACAAUUUAUUGAGUAAUGUCUGAGAACAGCCAUGACAAGAUUCAAGAAAGCCGACAGGGUAACCAGAUGUCUGUACAGAAUUUACCAACUAAUCACAUGAUCCAGAGCAACCAAUCAGAAUCAAGAUACCAUGUCUUGUUGUAUAACCAGAGCAACGGUGCCCCUCAAACAUUUGAAACUAGAGGAGGGAGGAGCUAUGCCAUUGUACAACUUGGCCAACACUUUAAUCUGCAAGUGGAAAACCAGUCAAAUUCAAAUACGUUUAUUCUUGAUAAUAAUAAUGAUUUGACCAGUACAGAUUUACAAAAUAAUUACACACAGUCUGAUAAAAGUCUCAAGUCUGAAAACUUUGUACAAUCAAGCAAAAAUUACAACAUUAAUCAGGAUCAAAACACAAAUGCUACAGAACUAAACAAUCAUAACCAGUCUAUGAGGAAUAGAAUCUUAAAUUCAGAGAACCAAUCUUCACAUGAAACAAGAAUCCUUAACAAUGGCAAUCAAACCUCUGAAUGUAAUGCUGAGUUUCUAAAACAAUCUGCUGUCACAUCCACAAACUAUCCAGUAAAUAGGUCUGUGAGAACAAGCCCAUUUAGCCCAAGAAGUCAAGUCUCCGUAGCAUCUUCACAAAAUACUUGUUACCCAUCAGUGAACCACUCUCAGUACCAAGUAAACCAGUCUGCAUGCUCAACAACACAGUUUCAGGGAAACCAGACUGUAAACUCUUCAAUGGAAUCUACUGAUAAUUUGUAUGUAAACCAGGCAAGUUGGUAUCCAAGUAGCCAGAAUGUGACCUCCGCGUCAUUUCAAUAUGUAAGAAAUCAGCCUUCAUCCACCGCAACUCAAAAUCAUGACAAUCAAAUAAGCAGUGUAAGUCAUCGUAAUGCCAGCCAAAGUUAUGUUACUACAACAGCACAAUAUCAAACGAAGGUUUGCGACUCGCAGCCGGUCUUUGACACAAAAUUAUAUGGCGACAAUCAGGCUCUGUAUAGCACAGCGCAGUACAUUAUUAACCAGAUUCCAAAAUUCUACUUUCCACUUUCAAAAAAAAACCAGUUUUUCAAACCAUUGUCCUCAGUCAACAGUCAAACCAUUGUCCUUAGUCAACAGUCAAACCAUUGUCCUCAGUCAACAGUCAAACCAUUGUCCUCAGUCAACAGUCAAACCACUGUCCUCAGUCAAAAGUUAGACCAGUGUCCUCAGUCCACAGUCAGACUAUUGUCCUCAGUCAACAGUCAAACCAUUGUCCUCAGUCAACAGUUAGACCAUUGUCCUCAGUCCACAGUCAGACCAGUGUCCUCAGUCAACAGCCAGACCAGUGUCCUCAGUCCACAGUCAGACCAGUGUCCUCAGUCAACAGUCAGACCAGUGUCAUCAGUCCACAGUCAGACCAGUGUCCUCAGUCCACAGUCAGACCAGUGUCCUCAGUCCACAGUCAGACAAGUGUCCUCAGUCCACAGUCAGACCAGUGUCCUCAGUCAACAGUCAGACCAGUGUCCUCAGUCCACAGUCAAACCAUUGUCCUCAGUGCACAGUCAAACCAUUGUCCUCAGUCAACAGUUAGACCAUUGUCCUCAGUCCACAGUCAGACCAGUGUCCUCAGUCCACAGUCAGACCAGUGUCCUCAGUCCACAGUCAGACCAUUGUCCUCAGUGCACAGUCAGACCAUUGUCCUCAGUGCACAGUCAGACCAUUGUCCUCAGUGCACAGUCAGACAAGUGUCCUCAGUCCACAGUCAGACCAUUGUCCUCAGUCAACAGUCAGACCAUUGUCCUCAGUGCACAGUCAGACCAUUGUCCUCAGUGCACAGUCAGACCAUUGUCCUCAGUCCACAGUCAGACCAGUGUCCCCAGUGCACAGUCAGACCAGUGUCCUCAGUCAACAGUCAGACCAUUGUCCUCAGUGCACAGUCAAACCAUUGUCCUCAGUCAACAGUCAGACCAGUGUCCUCAGUCCACAGUCAGAACAGUGUCCCAGUGCACAGUCAAACCAUUGUCCUCAGUCAACAGUCAGACCAUUGUCCUCAGUCCACAGUCAGACCAUUGUCCUCAGUCCACAGUCAGACCAUUGUCCUCAGUGCACAGUCAAACCAUUGUCCUCAGUCAACAGUUAGACCAUUGUCCUCAGUCCACAGUCAGACCAGUGUCCUCAGUGCACAGUCAGACCAGUGUCCUCAGUCCACAGUCAGACCAUUGUCCUCAGUCAACAGUCAGACCAGUGUCCUCAGUCCACAGUCAGACCAUUGUCCUCAGUGCACAGUCAGACCAUUGUCCUCAGUCCACAGUCAGACCAGUGUCCCCAGUGCACAGUCAGACCAGUGUCCUCAGUCAACAGUCAGACCAGUGUCCUCAGUCAACAGUCAGACCAGUGUCCUCAGUCCACAGUCAGACCAGUGUCCCCAGUGCACAGUCAGACCAGUGUCCUCAGUCAACAGUCAGACCAGUGUCCUCAGUGCACAGUCAGACCAUUGUCCUCAGUGCACAGUCAGACCAUUGUCCUCAGUCAACAGUCAGACCAGUGUCCCCAGUGCAGUCAGACCAGUGUCCUCAGUCAACAGUCAAACCAUUGUCCUCAGUCAACAGUCAUACCAGUGUCCUCAGUCAACAGUCAUACCAGUGUCCUCAGUCAACAGUCAGACCAGUGUCCCUAGUACACAGACCAUUGUCCUCAGUCAACAAUCAGACCAGUGUCCUCAGUCAACAGUCAAACCAUUGUCCUCAGUCAACAGUCAGACCAGUGUCCUCAGUCAACAGUCAGAUCAGUGUCCUCAGUCAACAGUCAGACCAGUGUCUCAAUAGGACCAGUGUCCCCAGCAAAUAG